AUGACUAAUAAUAAUACAGAAUAUAGUACACAUACUGCACUAAAUAAUGUUAAUACAGAAUAUAGUACAUAUACUACACUAAAUAAUAUACUUACUAAUAAUGUAAGUAACGUAUUAUACGAUAAUAAAUCUAAUUCUAUUAAUUAUACCGUUAAUAGAACUGAAUUUAACUGUAUCCCUACUAUUAGUCACAGAAUUGACGGCAGGAGCACUAAUGAAGAACGGGUUAUAAAUAUUACCAUGGGAAAUGAAUCAUUAUUAAUAAGAAAAUAUUUAGAGACAAAAUAUAGUAAGCUAUACUCAACAAGUAUUAUUAUUUAUAAGACAAUAGACAUAAAGAAAUCAUCACCAGAUAAAUCAAGACUUAAUACACUAUGUGUAAAUUGUAAUGAUAAAAAUAUUCAAACUGAAAUAGAUAAAAUUUUUAACAAUUCAAAAAUAUUCCCUGAUAAACUGUCAUUACUUAAUACACAAUGUGUAAUAAGUAUUAAGCUAGAUAUAAUUAUAAUAUUAGAUAAAGGCGGCUUGUUGGAAAUUAUCACAGAAGGCAUUUUUAGGGCACUUGCAGAUAUAAAUAUACAAUUAAAGUACAAGACAGAACUUAUUACUAAAUCAGUAAUAAAUUAUGUACAAUUUUAUCCAGUAACUGUAUCUUGUGCUGUACUGAAGGGAGAGGCAAUUUAUGACCCAUCUGAAGAAGAAUUAUUAGAGGCAAGUGAUCGUAUGGUAAUAACGUAUAACAAGAACAUAGAAUAUACAGAUGUAAUAUACUGGAUGUUUAGUGGGUCAAUACCAUAUAAUAACUUAAAGAGGAUGAUUUAUGAUACAUUGUGUGUUAAAUAA